GUCUUGGUAGUAUUCUUCUAGACCAGCAAGAAUGGUAGAUUUUGAUUACUCACCAAGAUGAGCAUUAGAAGUAAAAAGAUUGAAAAAUUUCAUAAAUUAUAAGACUUGCUAUUUUCUUUAAAAGACUGCCAAUUGUUUUACAAAUUAUACCAUUUAUCUGGCUGAAUUUGAGCCUUUUUAUGAGUUCCGAGUUAAAAAUCCUAUUUCAGAUUAAAAUAUCUUGGGCUAAGAAAUUUGGUAUGCAAAAUGCUUGCUUUCAUCCCUCUCUUAAAACUACGGCCUGGAGCUUGCAAGGUUAUAAUACUUAUAUGAAUGCUUUAAGAACACAAAUAAAGCUUUUUAUUCCAAGAUGCCAAAAAAUUAGAAGAGAGCUUGAGUAUUCUUUCGCCAAAAAGUUGAAAAUAAUAAUCACCUAUUUUUCAGGAAGUUAUGAACAUUUGCUUAAUAUCAGAACCGAAAAUUGAAAGGAAAGCAUCAGUGAAUUUUAUCUUCACGAGUUUAUAUGGUGGAAUAUUGUUUUAAGCAACGAAAUGAGGACUCAUAAGGGAUUUUCAUAUUGUAUCAAAGAAUGAAAAAUUAGUCAUCACACAUUUGAAGCAAGGGAUUAUGAAAAAUAUUCUUUAAAAAAUAAAGUAGCUAUCUACUAAUUUGCUGUUAAAAAGAGAACUUUGUAUCCCAAUUAGUGUCAUAAUUCAUCCCAUACAAAUAAAUAAACCAAUCCCUAAGCAUUAGUUUAUCAAAAAAUGCCAGUUCAUUUAUUCCGACUACUCUCUU